GUCACCAUUUGGGGUUCCUCAGUUCCGUUCUUAUCGUGCUCGAGCUCGGUUGGUACCGCUCCGUUGCCGGAUCGCUCGUGGAAUUCAGCACCAAAUGUGUCGGUGAUUUGCUAGCAGCAGCGCACUGUGUAAGCGCACUGUGAAGAGCGUGCGAGUGGUGUAGUUCAUUCCCCACCAGUAUAAAGUGUACCGGCAGCAAAAAAAGGAACCAAACGACACCCGGUACUCGGUACGACUCGGAACGACUCCGGCAAGCAAACCGUGAUCCAACUUAACAAAGAAUAACAAACGGACAACGGUUUGCUGCUCCAAAACACAGCCCCAAACAGCCAUUAGCUAUCCCUUCAACCAGCCACGGAAAGCCUCUUUUCGGCGUGCAAACGGGAAAACGGAAAAAUUGUUAACGAGCAAUCGACAAGUGGAAUCGAUAGCUUGCAGACCUGAUAGAAGGUGACCAGCAAGAGAAGCAGACCAAACUCUUCACUGUUCGAUCGAUACAUACUGCUCCCGGGUGGAAAGGAUUCCACAUUUUCCUUCCACAACACAAACACACACACGAAGCUUCCAAACGUGCGCUGAGAGCUGGUGCUCAAUUCAUCAUCGUGUGACCAUCACCAUUUUCGAGUCACUCCCCAUCACGCCAGGAAGCUGAAUGGGACGCCCAACAGCUAGUCGCGAGCGAACCUCCUGCACCGGGCAGGCGUACCAGCCCCAGAACGGUAAUUGAGUUCGGACGGCGGUGAAGGCGGUGCACGAGCCAAGGGACACGGGACAGCCGUGCUGCUAGCAGCUUCCUAUUUUGCGCGAAAAUCAAAGCCCGACAAUCAGCCACCCCACACGACUGUUCGAUGCUGGGAGAGUUUCAUCGGAUAUUUGAGAAGACUGCCAUCAACGAUGACACAGUGAACUCUUUGCUGCGCCUGGUUGGAAUGCAGUUGAACGGCACGGCCGGCACCGUCACAAUGGCCGCCGCAUCGGAACCGCCCGAGCCGCCGCCGCGAAACCCGGACAAGAUCAACGCAUCGCUCAAGCAGCUCGCCGAAUCGAAAACACGCUCCCUGGACGCCGCCGACAAAGCCGGAGCGCCGAGCACGACCACGAACGGUGGCCGCCCCUUUCGACCGAUCCUAUCGCUGGACAAUGCAAAACCUUCCACCAAAACGUUCGACAUACCGGAACGUGGCACGCCCACGUCCGCACCGGCCACCGCUUUCGGCACCGACCACCAGCCGGGCGCACCGGAACCCGGUGCCAGCACGAGUGGCAACAGCAGCAGCAGUGCGGCCGGCACCACCCAACGACAAUCGAACCAACCGACUCUAUCCGGCUCAUCGUCAUCCUCCUCCUCGGGCGAGGCAGCAACGGCCAAUGGGACGGCAACGGCCAGCGAAACCGCCGUCCCGAAUGCGUCAUCAGCGAGCACCACCACCAGCCCGCAGGACAAAGCGUCCGGUCAGGCGAAGCAAAUCAGCCCCACGCUUGCCGCUAGCGAGCCCGGUGGUGAUAAUCUGUUCAAGAAUGGUGUCAGCGAUCUAGAAUCGCCACAAACGACCAAAAUUCGGCUGGAGAACGAGCGGCUGUCGGCCGAGAUUACGCGGCUGAAACGACUGUUGGAAAACUCACCGGACGGUGCGGUCGGUGGAAUUGAUCUGCUUUCGCAGAGCAACAGCUUCGAGGUGCACGCGGCCGACGACAGUAGCAACCGGAUGGAGAAGCUGGAGAACGAGCUGCGAAUAUCCAAGGAGCUGAUUCAAAGUUUAAAGCUCGAGCGCAAAAAGCUCCGCGCGGACAAGAACGAUCUGCUGUCGCAGGUCAAGCAGCUCUGCUCCUCGCUGCAGGACAAGGAGCAGGAGCUGCGCAACUUCAUCCGCAACUACGAGCAGCGGAUACGCGAGUCCGAGUCCAACUCUGCCAAACAAAGCACGGAGCGGGAGCGGGAAAGAUGGUCCCUGCUGAAGCACGCCCGCGACGAAGCGGAACGGUCGAUCGCCCUCGCGGCACAGCUGAACGCACGCGACCUGCAGCUGCAGCGCACGCAGGAGCAGCUGCAGGAAGCGCGCCGCCAGCUGUCCGGCUGCAUGUCCGACCAGGAAAGCUUGGUGUCGGCGGCCCCGCUAACACCGCCCUCCGGCCUGAUGGCACACAAUGCGGUGGCACCGGCUUCAACACCGGGCGUCGGGUACAGCAACAUCAGCGGGACACCGGGGGACCGUGGCUCGUGCAGUGCCGAUUCCGGCGUGAGAGGGAGUAGCGACCGCGAGAGUGCCGCCGGAGAUCUCAAUCUGAGCGAUGGGCCGUGCGAGAACGGACCGUGUAUACAGGUGGAUUCCGACAGUGUUUCGCUCGUGUCCAGCCAUCACAACGUGUAUCAGUAUGGAACGCCCAAAGAACGAAGCCCUACCCUGUCGCCCCUGAACGCCGGCGCCUACUCGAGGUCGGUUGACAGUGCAGCCCUUUCGAGCUCUUACAGAUCGGUCGAACAGCUCGGCUCACCGGUAGACAAUGAGAAUCAAACGUUCGCCCGCCGGCUUCAGCAGCAGCAGUCAGCGUCCGGAGCGGUGCCCGCUGCCUCCGGCAAGGCGCAAAACACCGGACUGACGGGACGGACCGGUCGCGGUGGUACGUGGGGCAGCAUAUCGCGCGUCUUCGCCCGCAGCCGCAACCGCAACAAGAACGCACCGAUCGACACCGAGGCCACCGACUUCCAGUGGAGCCCGCUGACGGAGGAAGGGUACGCGGAGAAGCUGCGCCUGCUGCGGGAAGCCUCCUCCAUGCCGAUGGAGCGUUGGCGAGCGUCGCAGGUGCUCGCCUGGCUGGAGGUGGCGCUCGGUAUGCCCCAGUACAGUGGGCGCUGCGCGGAGAACGUGAAGAGUGGCAAGGUGUUGCUGGAGCUGAGCGAUGCCGAGCUGGAGACGGGCCUGGGCACAACACACCCGAUGCACAGGAAAAAGCUCCGCCUGGCGAUUGAGGAGCAACGGCGACCGGAGCUGGUACGCUAUCCUACGAUCGGGCAGCUCGGGCACACCUGGGUUGCCUCCGAAUGGCUACCAGACAUUGGACUGCCACAGUACGGGGAGUCGUUCAUGCACUCCCUGGUGGAUGCUCGCAUGCUCGACACACUGUCCAAGAAGGAGCUGGAGAAGUAUCUCGGCGUUACCAGGAAGUUCCACCAGGCGAGCAUAGUGCACGGUAUUCAUGUGCUGCGCAUCAUGAAGUACGACCGGCAGGCGAUUGCGAUGCGGCGCCUACAGUCGGAGAACGUCGACACCGACCCGAUCGUGUGGACCAACCAGCGCUUUAUCCGCUGGGCACGCUCGAUUGAUUUGGGCGAGUAUGCGGACAAUUUGAAAGACAGCGGCGUUCACGGUGGGCUGGUCGUGCUGGAACCGUCCUUCUCCGGGGACACGAUGGCGACGGCGCUUGGCAUUCCACCCUCGAAGAACAUCAUCCGGCGCCAUCUGGCAACCGAAUUUGAGGCACUCAUCCUACCGGCAAGAACGACCAUGGGACAAGGGAUACGAACGGGCGGCGGUGCGGUCAUUCCGAUCGCGAGCGGAAUUGGCAUGAUGGCGGGAGCAGCGGCUAGCGAUCGUCGGAAUACUGGCAGCUUGCGCAGAUACUACGAGCGGAUGAACCUAAACCACGGGUACGCUCGGCUGGCAGGACCGGACGAGGAGCCUACCGACGUGAUUCCGGGAGAGUCAAAUUCGGAGUAAGAAUUGUGCAAUUGCGCCAUCCCAAGGCAGUGGUGCUAUGGAAAGGGUCUGCUGCACCUCCUGCUACUACGGUUCGUGAAAUGUGGAUCAAUCACAAACUGGAGGGGAGAGAUAGAAGGAAAAAAACCGUGCCACUGUGCAUGUGCAACAGUUGAAAGCUUCCAGCAAAUCAGAUAGACUCUUGUCGGUGGCUUCCUUUCUGGUAUCUGGAACCGUUUGCCAAGUUGAGUGAUAGCAAACGUUACAAAGUAUUUCGUGAAGUGUUUACCAUUUCCUUCUAAGGCUUUAUGUAUUUUAUUACUCAGCAGGAGACAUGGCUAUGGAAUUUCCUGCUUGUUUGUUUUGUGCUGAGUGAUGGUGUGUGUGUGCAAAAAUGAUGACUUGUUGAAUUGAGCUCCACUUGCGAGGCAAAAGUUGGUAUGAAUCGAACCAGCUGGCACUCAGUAGUUGAAUGCUGAGAAAACUUUUGGAAGCAUUUGAGUGCAUCUUGCAAUCAUGAUGGCGUUUUUAAUGAUCACCUUCAUGUAAUGGAGGAAGUUAUUUGUAGCUAUACAAUGUGUAAAACUGUUUACCUUGAACGAAAGCUUACAUGGAAUGAACUUUGCAAGCAAGAAGAAACAAGAGGUUUCAGGUAGGUUUCUGCAGAAAAUUAAAUAUAUAAAAAAUGGGUUAAUGCAUCUAGAAGAAAAUUAAUAUCGAUUGAAUUUGAAUGCUUUAGUCUAGUGAACAUGAUAAGUAUCAAUUGACAUACUUCAGGAAGAAAAUUCGUUGCUCGUGCGUGAAAAGGGAUAUUUAGCCCCAGGUUCAUCAGUUUACACCUUAUCCGAAAGGCUACGAAAAGCGUGGAUAUAAGCAUCUUAAUGAACUACGUUGAGUGGUCUCGUAGUACAGUCGUCAACUCGUACGACUUAACAACGUGCCCGUCAUGGGUUCAAUCCCCAAAUAGACCGUGCCGCCAUACGUAGGACUGACUAUCCUGCUAUAGGGGGAAAUCAAUUAGUCACUAAAAGCCAAGCCCAUAAGUGGUACAGGCAGGCCUUGACCGACAACGGUUGUUGAGCCAAAGAAGAAGAAGAAGAAGAAUGAACUACGUCAGGAACAAACUAACACUACUGAUUACCAUAUCUCCAUCACAAAAAGAAUGUUUUGACUCCCUUGAUACUGAACUAGUAUGAACGAGAAAGAUCUUCAUAUCCUUCAUAUGGUUCCUAAAAUGUGUUGGUGACAGUACACAGUCUGAUCCGAAGUAACGCGAAUUUAGAUUCGGAACAUGUUUGGACCUCAUUAUAUUAAUUCGACACAUUCAUCCUCAAAUUUAUAACAAAUCGCCCUUUUUCCUCAAGUUAUAACAUAUUUGAAAACUGAUAAAAUGGCUAAAUUUCUGUUUCAAUCCUACAACGUAUAUGAGCUGCGCUGAUAUCUUCUAAAUCCAUUAACUGCGUAUCUCGGGAGCAGACUGUAGUUUAAGUUUAUAAAGUUGAAAUUCAAAAACCGAAAAACAUCUCCAUUCCAUUUGUACAUGAAGGUUGCCUUCGUUAGACAUACACGUUACCUUCAUCCCAAAGCAGCAAGCUUGACGUUACGGCUCAAACUGAUUCUGAACAUGUCGUAACCUAAAGCGGGCGUUGAUAAGCGUGCAUGAGAUAUGCAAAUAGCAGCUCAUACAAUCCUGUAAAGGAUCUCCCCGUGUCCCGUGAAACUCGUGCUUUUUUUUGUUGUAAAAUUCAUAAUUCCCUUUCAAGAUGAUGCUUGGGCAAAAUAAAAACUGCAUAAAAAAUAAUCGAUAAUUCCUUUUCCAUUCACGACAAACGAGGGUCGAUGUUUUUUUGUGCUUACUUCGUUUUUCGCCCCUGCAAAGCAAACCUGGUGCUUGCGCUGCUCCGUACGGUAACGAUUCCAACUACGUACAACUACUUCAACAACCGUGCCGCCCACGAGCAGGAGCACGAGCACUCCACUAUUACUUAGUGUCUUUAAAUGGCGCCACGGGACGCUUUCCGGGACGCUUUCCGACCCUACGUGGGCUUGCCUCGUCAAGUGGGCAGACACACAUACACUAACACACACACACACACACACACACAUGUCACUCUAGUUGGGGUGCGGCAUUCGAACGUUGAUCUACCGUCACAGGCACACGGGUCGCCCUGUGCCAUAUCCUUUGCAGUGUAUGAGCACCCCAACGUGCCAUCGCAAAAACGUAUGUUUGCCCUUUUUCUCGCUUUUUUCCCCCCCCCCCCCCCCCCCCCCCCCCCCCCCCCCCCCCCCCUAACAGCCAACACAACAUCCUGGCUAAGAGACGGAUGGCGAGAAAGCCAUCCAUCCAGCUCACAUUCACGGGUUCUCGUGUGCGCGAACCGGAUCAACAACUACACCUUCCCUUCCACAAAACCUCUCAGUUGCCCCUUCGCAGACUCUGGCCCUGCUAGCAUCCCCGUAGCCUCGGGUACACCACGAGCACUUCCGGUAGACGUGUUUACCGACGGGUACACGCCGGGGUACCGCCGGGGAGAGAGAUAACAUUUCUGCAGCAUUUGUAUUUAUGUGACUUGCUGUUUGUUUUGACAUGGCUAUGUAAAUUUUAGAUGAGCUACACCUUUUUCUUAAAAUAUUCACCUCAGCAAUGGGAAAGGUGGAAUUCGCUCCAUCCAAUGGGGUUGGUUCGAGAGGCCUGAAUGCCUCUUCGCACCUGCUCGAGUCGAAGCCAAACCCAUCCAGCUGUACGUAAUUUUUCCCGGUGGCCCACCCCCCAAAACACACACACACACACACACACAGCUUGGCAUCUCUCGGUCGGUAGGCUUUAGACGUGAACGCGCUUCCACGAGCAUGGCAUGUAAAUUCAUAUCAAAACGUGCAUUUUAAAGCCCGUCCCCAUCUCCGGGAACAAACAACAGAAACAAAAUAAUAAGCAAAGCCCUUAAAAUGCACGAGUUUCGCGCGGCACAAUGCUGUGGUUUUGUUUUGCGCGGUGGUUUUAGAUUUUGUGCCCGAAAAUGGGACACAGCAAACAGGGCAAUACAAAAGUGCAAUGCACUGCAGUAGGAUGCAGUGGAAAAGGAGCGCUUGUUUACUUUUUUUUUUUGUUAUUUAAGAUGAGUUUUAUACACUCGAAACUACUGGCUUGUCAAUGAAACAUCAAUUGAAAAGCCUUCCUUUCCAACAGAUUUUCUAUUCCCUGUUGCCAUUUGUUUGUUUUUGAUAAUCCUUUUUAUGUUAGACGAAAACAAGAAUAGAAAACUAAAUUGAUUUUUCCCCUACUAAAAGUUUAAAAAUUCAUUUGAAGCCUUAUUUUUCCUCUCGUAACGUUACACACAACAAAAACUGAUGCCGAGUUCCACACAUUUGCUGCAUCAGCACCAAUAAAACCAUACCAAAGCGCAGGUGAAAAAUCUGGUACAAUCGUUGCGAUGUGUUGAUGACGAGUUUUUUCCCACUCUACUGUCACAGUUUUCCAUUUACUUUUCCGCCCGUGAUUGUGUACUGUAUCGUACAGGUGCGCAUGGGGUUUGGCCGAACGAAACAUAUGGCCGUGAUGUAGCUUUUCCCAUUCGAAUAAAAGCGUUCUCUGCAGCAUCGGGACAGAAGCCGGGAAUGACACCGUAUCGAAGUAAAAACCCCCACCUUCAGUCAUCAUCGAUUGCACCAUCCGUACCGGUGUAUGGUUUGCCAAUGCAAUGGAACACACACAAUGGGUGUUCAUGUUCUACUGUACUCAACCCUACCGUUUGCGUAUGCAUUCGGUGUCAAAUGCAGGCACCCGGUACGAUAAGGAUGCAGGAAAUAAAUGCUACACAAUGGAAGGAAGAUGCCUUCAGCGCUGUUGUCAUGCGGUAGCUGAAUUGCUUGAAAAGGAGUGGGGGUUUUAAUGCGACCUGGAUGGGCGUCGCAGAGCUUCAUGAUAUGAGUGAAAGGCAACAGUCGUUGAAAUUUAUUUGCUUGACGUCAUAAAGAUAUUGGAAAAUGUAUAAAACAUUCGCCGCCCCCCAAAAAAAUAAAGGCUUAAUAACAAGCAUUAAAUAAAUAAGAUAAAAACAAACACACAAAAAGCACACACUCCCUGCCCUCAUCGAUUGAUUUGUAGCAGAUGAAACGAAGCACAGACAUCAAAAGAUCUUUUCGGCGCACUCUCCUCAAACAGAGCGCCUGUGAAAGGGGGGAAACUGAAAUCGGAACAUGAUGAUACAAAAUGCACGGCACACAGAGCAAAGAGCAAGCGUCCCGGGGAAGCUGCAGGGACGCGUGAGUUGAUAAAGUAAAGCUUUCAAUGAACUCAAACAGAAGCUGUGUCAGUGAUCUAGCGAAGAAGAAAAAAAGACUGGAGGCCGAAAAACUCACGUUCUCCGGAGCAAGGAGUGGCACGUGCUGAGCCGAGCCGUGAGCAUUGCUGUCGAAAGUUGUUGUAAAUCUUGGCCUGCUUUGUUCCCGGUGCUACCGUAAAAUGUAGAGGGAAAAAAGCGUCCAAACUCCCUCCCCUGUCUCGACAGGAGCGGCAGCACACGGAGAGCGUCAAGCGAAGGAGGUGUAAACCCAUUUGCUCGAUUACAACACCCCGACAACCCGAUGAGCGGCGACUGGCGGUUCUGGCGAUGAAAAGGGAAGCAAUUUUCAGUAAAAGCAACCACCAUUUUCAACACAAUUCAAACGAUCGAUCGUAUCGAACGGGAAGAUAAUACACCGCCAGCAAACGGAUGCCAUCUUGGUGGUUGAGCAAUGGGCGGCUUUACAUGGUGACACACACAAAAAACAGCACAGAAAGCUUUUCUCGAACGAAACAAUUGGGAUGUGCUCUCUUCCUCCACUGGCCCUUUUUUAAGGUUGGAUUGUGUCAAAUCAAACGUCUUGAAGUGUUGGUGGGCGUGAGAAUGGUCUCGUCUGUCAUACAAUUCCCCCGAUGGAAUGACAGCAGUGAAAUGAUGUUUGGUAACAAGUCCCACUUGUUUCGCUGAUCUGUGAAAUGUAUUGUCAUCGUGCUGCUAGAAGAAUCGUGGCAGUUUGACAUUGAUGAUUAGACUUUGCGAGUCGAAAAAUAUACAAUUCUUGUUGGAUUUUGGCGUUUUUAGGAAUUCUCGUAGCAUCAUCCUAAAGGCUAUUUUGGAAGAGGAAAAAAAAGCUCAUAUUCCUAGGAAAGGAACCACUCGAUGGCAAUAACUUCCCUUACUCCCUCUCAUGCACAUGGAGAAACUUUUUCAAUCAAACCCUCAUCAUCCUCAUCCACUGCUCAUACAUACUAUCCGGUGGCCAUCGUGUCCGUUGAUGCAUUUUCCAGCAUCGUACAUGAGCCGGCACCAAAACUCCAAACCCUCACACACAUAUCGAUCGACCUUUGGUGCUUCGCAUGAAACAUCAUAAUCUACGACUCGACAGUGAAACCCCCUUCAAACAUGGCUCAAACAUGCAAGCGUAAUAAAAUUAUCCUACACACAUGUGCCAUCCUUGAAUUCUGGAUGAUGGUAGGGCAAACGGCACACUUCACACCGCGCUGCAAGGAUGCGUGCAACUAUGGUCGAGUGAUUUAUGUAUUUAAUCCCGUCGUUGUCGUUGUUGCGACUAGGCUUUCUAAAACCCGGGCAUGUCGUUGCAGUCAUUUAAUUGGCCUGCAGCGAGUUUGAGUGCUGAUGUUGUACACACGAACCUACACAAAGUUCGAUGGAUGUCCUUUUUGAGUAUUCAUUUAUUAAAGUGCAUUUCGGGAAUGAUACAUUUGUUGAGCACAACAUAGUGAUAAUAGUCGUCUCUAGCUCUUCUGGUCCAGAUGAUGGUUGAGAUGUUCCAUUCUUUGUGUAUAUGUUUUGAAUGUUUUAUGAAUUUCUGUUGAACAAUGCUGUUCAAAUGACAAUCACAUUGUUUACAAGCAAUUUACAUUGCAAUUCGGCUACUCUUCUGAUUGUUUUAUAUAAACUCUUUUCAAAAUUUUCAUUUUUCCUAAACCAUCAUAUCUACCUUUACGUUUUAUGACCAUAAUUGCCAUACUGUAAGCGUAACAGCGUGCCAACGCAUUAUAUUCCCGGUGGCCCCAGGCAAUCAUUAUAAUUGGGUGCAAUAAAAAGGAAUAACGGAGUGUUAUUUUUUACUAUUCCACUUGGCGUUCCAAUCUUUGUCAUAUACAAAAAAGUGCAACCUCAUAACCAGUUACAAUGUAGCUGAUUGCCCCGAACUCUCCCCUUUCUGCAAACUGGUUGCUAGAACGGGCAUAAAAAUAGGUGCUAACUCGUACGAUCGAAAGAAAAACGCUUUAGAUGCUUUUUUUGUUUGCUCUUUCGAUUUGCCGUUUUUCAUAUUCAUAAAAUGCUGCACAAAAUCAUUGUUGCUGGCUAAUAAAAUGGCUUUAUUGCUCGUUUUUGCAUUACGAGGUCGCGUGGUAAGGCUCGCGCUUGCAGGCGAGCUGUGCAUGUUAAAAUGUCAUUUGCAGUUUGGUUCUAGAAGAUGACAAGCAUGCAAAGUAAUGUUAGAAAUUUUAUUCCUUCUUAAAUAGGCUAUAAAUGUGAAAUGAUUAAGUGAUCGGCAUGAAAUACACUUAUUUCUGCAUUGUAACAUAAAAAUGUUACAUCGCUUUAAAGAGUUUUCAAAACGAGUAUACCAAACGAGUAUCCAACACAAGAUGCCCAUCGAUAAGUUUCGAAUAAAACUAGCAAUUAGUGAUGAAAUCACUGAGGCGACCGCAUGGUCCCAUGGUAAAGUCUUCAUGCUUUCAACACAACAAACCCGUGUUCGAAUCUACUCUAAACUAGUUAUUGUAUCCUGCGAAAUUUUAAACAAUUGUUGCGAAAUAAAACGAAAGAAGGCGAAAAGAAGAAUAUAAAUUCCUUUGUUU